UUCGCUUCAUCAACUACAAGCCAAAGAAAAGAGAAACAGUGAAAUUCUUGUUUUAUUCUACCGCAAGGCUGUUUUAGACUUGUAAGAGUUUGUGGGUUUGGCAAACAAGUACCUUACAGUCUUGGAAUUGCAAGUGUUUAUCUGGUACCGGUUGGGUCUUAAAAUUAAUUUGUAGUCGUAAUUGCCAAGGUUUAUGUAAAACAGAUGGUUGGUUAAUUCCGUGAAAUUCUAGAAAGGAUUCUCAUUAACUCCGCUACGGGAUACUACAGUUUAACGAGACGAAUUAUGGAUUGAAAAGGAUCAAUUCUAACUCCCUUUGUUGUGGGGGCCUGACGGUACAGAAGGCAGUCGUGGCAACGUGCAGCGUCUUAAAAAUCUAAAGUAAAUAUUCCCUUCAAUUCGAAGGAAUCUUUUUCAACGUGGACUCAUUCCAAAGCCGGACUUACAAAUCAAGCUGUCUUUAAAAACAAUGAAUUCUAAACAGCUCUUGUUUGAAUCAAAGAAGGUGUAACUUUUCCGCUAAAUUGAAGUGGCUGUCGACUUCUUGAUUGGGAUCAAUUUCUCAUUUUAUUUGACAUUACCAAAGAUGCCAAUUUCUUCUUAUCAUGGAUUGAGGAAGAACUCUGUCCCAGCAACGCCGUGGAACAGCACAAAAAUUUCACCUCAUAAAAACCUUUCCCGUAGUAACUCAACGUCUUACAACUCAAGUAAAAGACCCCUUGGUUUGCCAAGAUUAUGGAACCACGAGGAAUUUUUGAUAGACGACGAACAAGGCGGGGAUAAAUAUUCCAAGAAUUGCCCAUCCUCAACUGUUCAUAGUUCAAGGAAACCACUCGUCAACUCUCGACCAAGAAGCGCUCGAUCAGCGGCUGACAGAAGACUUAAAAGACGGGAUACAUUUCCAAAGUUUGCAAGUGAAUUUUAUCGCAAUGAAAGUCGAGAAUAUAGAAGAAGCAAGAGUGAUCCAUCAAUUCUUGCAAAGAAGAAGCAGAGGAAAAGUAGUAUUACAGCUCCAAAAAGACCAUCAACGUUAUGGACUGUCGGUAAGAGGCAAGAAAAACCUAAUUCGUCCUCGGCGCGCAGAAGAAAGGUCAACAAUAGUCUCGCUGCAUCGUCUUUAUCCUCGCCCGACGGGAGUUUAUAUGGCGGAUUGACGAAGAAGCGCCCAAAUCAAGGAGACAGGGUCGUAUGCAUACUAAACAAGAAACCUCAACUUGGUGUCCUUAAAUACAUCGGAAGAACACAUUUUGCCGAGGGCGAAUGGUGUGGUAUUGUGUUGGACGAAGCCUGCGGCAAAAACGACGGUUGUGUUCGUGGAGUGCGUUAUUUUCGUUGUAAAAAUAAACACGGGAUAUUUGUACAUUCGCAUAAAGUUAGAACUGCCGAUGACAUUACACUAUCGCGAUUAAACCUGCUAGAAAGCCCGUUCAGUCCACAAUCACCGGAAAAGAAUAUUAAAGAAGGUAAUCACAACGAGCAAAGCAUGUCUUCUGGUGAUGUGGAAGUAAUGCGCUCCAAUGAUCGCGAGGUUUCUAAAUAUAGAGACAUUAACAAGCCGAUAAAGCAUACGAGAAGGAAUCGUUCUGUCUCGUUGGAUAGAUAUCUGUUCUUAAAAGCCAAGCAAUUGGCGAAAGGUCUAAAUAUGUUUUUACAUAAUACGGAAAAGAGUGAGGAAAUGAACACCUGGGAGCAGAACUGUGUUAAUCGCUCGCGUUCGAUGCCUAAAAUUUCCAAGGAUAUUUUCCCGGAUUCAAGCGAGUAUUGUUUGGGAGGUGACAUGGGUGAUUUGGAGAAAAAUGUUUGGAACGAGAAAACGGCAUUUGAUGCUGUGAAUAAAGACUACAUCUCUGUUGGAGCUGAUCACAAUAAGCCUUCAAAGAUGACAGGUGUUCUUGACUUGCCAAGAGAUGGCAUUAAUAAUUUAGCAGGAGAUCUUCAGGCACCUCUUUCUGUGCAGUCUUCAUUGGAGAAUUCCUCAAAUAAACAGAAUGGUUUUCAACCAAGUAAAGAUCAAAUUUAUCUCAAUGGAGGAAAAGCUGCUCUUCAGAAGAAGGUGGGACAUGCUGUUUCCUUGGAUACUCAUCUGAUGGUCGAGAAAGGACACUUAACUUUAAUGUCAAAUUCUGAGAACAACGAAUACACUUGUGCAGCGCAUCUCUCUACCAAAGAGGACCCCUUUAUUCAAGGACUACAUUGCAGCUGCCCAAGCCUGCACUGUGCUGAUCAUUUUUCAGAAGCUAUUACAGCCUGCCUGGAUUUGGGGCGCAGAGAAAGGCUUGCCAUUCCCGAAGCUGAGAAUGAGAACAGAAGCAACACUGGCAGAUCUGCUAAGCUCUUGGGCAAAGAUAACACUCAACAGAAACAUCCUGGGUGUCCUCAUGUGCAGUCUGACACAUUGCAUAAAAUUUCUGAUAACAAUAAACUGGUGAAUGGUGAUUCUCUGAUUUCUAGUGAUAAUAAAUCAACUCAGGUGAGGAGCUGGCCUUGUUUGACGUCAACUCCUAAGAAACCUCUUAGGAGAUGCAGCAGUAGCAGUGAUAUUCAUGCUGAAAGUGCCCUCAAUAGGAGUGGAGACUAUGAUGAGGUGUUUGAUGACAAUAUUCCUUCGAUAUUGGCAACAGUCAAACCAAUAUCUAAUAAUACAGUUAAAAGGCCUCUUGAUCUAAAUUGUAUUGACACAAGUUUGUCACAAGCCAGUGGUAUCAAGGCUGCAAACAAAACAGUUAAAUCCCAUGAUCAAGUUGUGGAUACUGGUUCUAACUACACUGACAGUCUCUCUGGAUCACAAGCGUCAUUAUCUUCCACUGGAACAAGUGACAGCAAGGGAAAAAAGAUGUCUGCAACAAGACGGAUCCCCAGCUCGGUCAAAGCCCCUAAGUCUAAAUCAACAUCAAUACCAACAAAAAGCAGCAACACAUCAAAAACAACACAACAAAAGCAGUCUAGGCUAGAACAAAUGCGUCAGCAACAAAAUCAAAAAGUCAACUUAUCAUCUGAGGGUAAAUUUCCAAACAGAACUGGGCCCAGUUCAGGACAUAAACAGGAAGGUAAAAUACAGAAACGACACACUCUAGCAACAAUACCUGAUCAGAAAUCAUUUGUACCACGUCCAGCUGUGAAUAAAAGGCCAACAAGUGGUAGCAUCAUAGAGCAAUCUCCUAGAGAGGAAUCUAAAACCUCAAAACUUCCUGUCAAGAAGCUAAGUGCACCAUCACAGAUUUCAAAACCAGCAGCAGCUACUAAACUGGAAAGGAAGAAAGACAGUGCUGCUGUUCAGAAACAGCUUAACACUGCAGGAAGUCGACCACCAGUAGCUCCUGCUGUUAAAAAAGAAUCUGGCUUGGCAAGGUCAGAUUCGAAUGCAAGGAAACCUAACAGGACAUCUCUUCCACAGAAGGCCACAGGUAAAGAGAAAGAAUUUGCUGGAAGUGGAUGUAAGGCCAUAGGUGGACAAACUCCAGCAUCAGCUAAAGGAUCAAAAGUGUCAUCCACAGCAGUUGGGUCAAAACCACAAACAGCAAAUGUGAAGAGAUCAAGUAGUUCUGUUAAAGAGAAAACACAGGCACCUUCAAAACCGGUCAAUAGGCAGCCAUCAUCAGCUUCAUCCAACAAAAAGCCUCCACAUGCUGGGAAACAAAGUACAAAACAAACUCCAGCAAGUCAAAAGCAGGGAUCCUCAAAACUGCCGAGAAAGAUUUCAGGACAGCUGAGCAAUGCCAGUGAUAGUGUAUCAGUAACAAGCAGUAUCAGAGACCAAGAUCACCUUGAUGACUUCAUUGAUUCUGAGGGUGAUUCUGUAUCUGUUCACUCUGACACUUUCAUCCAUGUUGCAAGAGAUUUCUCAAGCAGACAUUCACAGCAAGAUAACUUUUCUCUUGGAGGAGACAUUGCUUUGCACAACUCAGAUGAAAAUGAUGGCUCUACAACAAUGGUGCUUGCCAGUUCUCCACUAGAAGUGCCUUGCAGAACAAUGCCACCAGAUAUUUUAAGUGAGACGCCGUACCUGAUUAAGCAUUCUGUUGGAAUUCAGGUGGAGGAUGUUAGUCAUUUAAAAGCUAUUGAGGAUGUCAAAGAGAAAGCACAGCAUCUGGGUGAGCUUUUGAAACAAAGGACUGAACUCUGUGGCCAGCUACAGGAUCAAAUUGACUGCAACAGUAACGACUUUGUUGCAGCAUCACUGUUGAUUCUGACCACUGUACGUAAGCUGGUUUGGUGUCAAAAGUACAGCAAUCAACUCCAAAGGAAAAUUGAAUCAACUUUGCAGGAGAUGAAAGUCAUUCAGGAGAAACUUGUUGAAGAGGAAGCAAACAGCGUCAAGCUACAAGAAGAGAUGAUGUACCAGCGAAGUGAACAUGCAGUUGCCAUAGAAACCUUAAAGGCUGACCAUGAAAAUCUACUGGAGGAGACAAGCUCAGAGCUCAAGUGCAAACAUGAGGGAGAAAUUCAGUUAGCUAUUGAAACUCACAGAUCACAAAUGCAUGAAAUGAAGGAAGAGCAAGAGAAACAGGUGACACAAUUGAAGAAGACACAUGAUGAACUUGUAGCAUCCUUAAAGGACAAACAUCAAGAUGAAAUUGCUGACUUAGACAGCAAACAUUCCUGUGCAGUUGAUGAGCUUGUCGAGGAACACCAAGUGGAAAUAGAAACAAUUAAAGCAGAUUAUGAAGAACAGCAGUCAGAAAUGAAGGGAAAGUAUGACAAGCUACUGAGCGAGCAUAAUGCAUUGAACAGUAAGUUUCAGCAGCUCCAAGAGGAUAAUCAAAGGGACAUUGAGUCCCGAAUACAGGAAGCAAUCAAAAAGUACGAGUCUCUGCCAGCUGAGCUUGAAAGCUUAAAAGCUGUGCUGGAAAUGAAGAAUGAGGAGAUAAGACAGCUGAGGAAGGAAAAAAUGGAGAAGCAUCUGGAGUUGGAGAAACUUGAAGAUGUCAGAGCAAAAACAAAGAAACUUCAGCAAGAAAAUGAGUCAUUAUCUUUUGUGGUGGAGACGAAGUCUAGAUUUGAGAGGCAACUUUCUGUUGAGCGAGACACAUUAAGAAAUAGUUUGGAAAGGGAGUCAGCCAAAAGCAAGAGACUUUCUCUAGAAAAUGAAGAACUUCAGUGGCGUCUGGUCAACAGCACAAGUCCUCCGUGUACUCCCACUGAUGAAGGUGGUCCUCUUGCAAUGGCGAAACAUAAUAGUAAUCGCCUCUCAGCUAGUUUUCCUGACAUUGAGAGCAUAGAUGAAUAGGAAAUCAAAACUCAGUGUUUCAAGCUGAAUUGAUAUUAAUUGGGUUCAGCCCAUUCCAAUAACUUGCUAACAGACGUUUUCUCUUUAACUAAGAGAAGAAUGUGCAAGUAGGCAGGGUAGAAAACAUUGAAAGAAGUAACAAUUAUUGCAUUGGCUCUCGUUGUUUCAUCUUGUCUUACAAUGACAUGGAGAUAGAUGAAAAUAAACCUGUUGAUUAAAAAAAUAGUUUUUGUCAGUUUUUUGUGAGCUGAGAUAUCUCUAUCUCUAUUUCUUUGUUUGAGAAAAUUUUGCAUCUGACAGCUAAGGGAACUAUUUUUAUUGACAGUGUCUUUUUUUCAUAACAUUUGGCUUUAGUUUAAUUGUUUUUUGAAAUGCCAGCAUUUUGAAGAAAUUUUUUUUUCUCCUUGUAUGAAGUUUUUAUGUCCUAAAUUCAUCUACGCAUCACUUGUCUUUUGAAAUCCAGGAAGAACUUGUAGAGCAGAUUAUUGAUCAUGGAAUUAUGAUGUUAGAGGAAUAAAUGAUUUGAGGUACACUGUUUAGUAAUAACAGUGGAAGAAUGAAUCAUUCAGUAGCUAUUUGGAAUUAUUAAAUAGAUUAAUGGAGAUUGGUUCUUAAUUGCUAGUAAAUGCCUAAUAAUGCCUCAUUUAAUUUGUAAAGUUAAUUAUCAAAGAUUAUGUUUGAACAUCAGUGUUCUCCAGAAGUUCUAGCAGGUGGUAUUUUUGCCAGCCACCUGUUUCUGAAGUGCCUACUACAAGGUAGUAAAAUACCUUUCACAAUCUGAUAUAAAUUUUAUUCUUUGUUUACCAGUAUAUUUCUUAAGGCCAAAAAAAAAUUUCUAGAGAACACUGAAGUGUAACUUAAUUAGAAAGGAUUUUACUAUCCCUUAUACAUUAGAGCUAGAUAAUUUGCCAAUAUAUAUAUUCUAUAGCUAGAUAAUUUGCUUAUAGUAAGUUAAUUCUAUUUUAUUCUAGUAGAGUGCUUUUGUUUAUUAUGAAUUAAAAGAAUUUAUUUUUGUAACAUUAUUAUCAAAUUCUAAUUUGAAGUGGAAAAUUUCACGACUGUUGUCAAUUACAUUAUUUAAACAAUUUGAAUAAUGAGUGGUGCAAAUUUUGGCCAUGAUGCAUACUGCAAGAUGUUUAUGAAUGUAAUAAAAUGCUACAAGCUCAGGGCAAAUGCAGAGUUUGCAAGAUAUACUUUUAAGAUGUACAUUAGUUAACAUUAAUGAUAAAGUUUCUGCAAAUUGUCAAAGUUGAACUAUCAGUUAUUGAAAUAAAUAUCAUGGUGUGAGGAGUAUCUCAAGUGCAUACUCAAAUUUGGCAUAAUAUUAUGUGAAA